UUCUCGCAGAAUUACCCAACGAUCAAAACCAAAAGAAGGAAAAGCGCAUUGUAUCAAAACUGAUCCAAUUGUGAAGUGAUAGAUAAUCAGAGCGAUAAGUCAGUGCCGGAGAUGACUUGGAAUCCGGACGAUGACAAGCUUUACGAGGAUGCUCUAAAAGAGUUCCCGGAAGAGGAUGACAAUCGCUGGGAAAAGAUAGCCGGUCAGGUGCCGGGGAAGUCUCCGCACGAUAUCAAGGCUCAUUUUGAGGAUUUAUUUGUGGAUUCUAUACUCCUUGAUGUACCUUAUAAUGAAGCGAAUGCAGACCCGAUCGAUCAUCCGAUUGACACCGAGAUUUCUUUAGGGCAUAUCGAGGCUUCGGUUCAAUCUGAUGACUCUAGUAAGCUUUCUUCCAGGUCGAGUAGUGAAGUUGUCAACAACCAGAGUUACCAUUGGAUCGAAGAAGAACACAGAACUUGGAGCGCUAUCUCAAGAAACUAUUACAAGCGUCUCGACAUUAUUGAUCAGCCUCCGCCCAUCAGUGUUCCUAGUCAUGGUGGCUCCAACAUGAUGGCCUCCGCCAAUGGUGGUGCAAUGGAUCCACUGCCUACCAAUGACCAGUCAAGGAGGCAAUGACCCAACAGAUGCCGUCAAUAGUGGUGCAAUGGAGCCCCGUCUACAAAUCUUCCCAGUCGAGGAGGCCUACCAAAUUUCUGAUUUCUGAUGCCAAGUUGAAGAGUAGAAAAAGGUACCUCGAUUGUUGUUUCAUAGCAGUGUGUUUGCCAUUGGGAUAUAGUACGUAUUGCAUAAAGAGACUGUAGAUGUAAAUGGUACGACCAUCCAUUGAAAUAGACAUAAUUAGACAAGAUUAAGAAAGACGAACAGAUGAACAGAAAAAUUGUAAUUCUUUAAAGUUCAGUCCCUCAUGCUCGACUCUGAAUCCUAUUAUUAGCUAUUGACACGUUUGACAACCAUAUUAAUUCUGUUCAUUCCAUUUAUAGAGUCGCCACUGUUCUUGAGUCUAUAAUGUGUAGAAUCACAUCACAAACAAAACACUUCAGCUUGAGGGAAUGCUAGUUGGGAAUUAUUGCUUUAUGUU